CGAGUUCACACAAAUUUAGACAAGAAAACAUCAUGAUGAUAUGCAAUGACUACUUUAUCGUUUAUAUUCCAAAUUCUAAUAAUUAACUAGUUGGACAAAUAUCAGACUUCAGUGACCAAUUUACCUAAGAUUUCAAAGUCGUCCACUCACCACCAUUUACUUUGAAUAAUUCUCUUCGAGACGAUCGAGGAAGAAAGGACGUAUCAUAAACGUCGUCACGCCUAGCCAAAGCUGGUUUCCAUUUAUUCGUUCCCACAUGCACGUAACAAUACCACCAACCUUCACCGCAACGAAAAAACUUCGCAUCAAUGGCGCCCGUCCAAUUCCAAUCCAAACUUUACUUCUCACUAUCACUUCUCCUCUUCCUGCCGUCCACCAUCACCUCACAGAGCAACCGCAACGUACCGCUGGGUUCAUCUCUCACCACCGAAUCAAACUCUAGCUGGCUGUCCCCGUCCGGCGAAUUCGCGUUCGGGUUCCAACAGAUCACCCCCGACGGCGGCUACUUGCUCGCCAUAGUGUUCGACGAAAUUCCCGAGAGAACCGUCGCCUGGUCCGCCAACCGCAACAACUUGGUCCCCCGCGGGUCCAAGCUCGAGCUCACUACCUCCGGCCACUUGGUCCUCACCGACCCAUCUGGCCGCCAUGUCUGGUCUCCCAACUCCGAUCCGGCUUCCCACGCAGCCAUGCUGGACACGGGCAACUUCGUGCUGCUGGCGGCCAACGAUUCCUCGACUCUGUGGGAGAGCUUCCAGGAACCGGCUGAUACUCUGCUGCCCACCCAAACCCUGGAGCAAGGUUCCCAGCUCAUAGCCAAAUACUCGAAAUCAAAUCACUCCCAGGGUAGAUUCAAGUUCAUCCUACGACGCGACAGGAAUCUAUUUCUUCACGUCACGCAUUAUCCUGAAAUGCGCGCCGGCAUUUCAUACUGGCCACCUACUACUGCUGUCGGUGGCCAGUACUACACCGGGGACAGAGUGGUGUUCAACCAGUCUCUGUCCCUGGACCUGAUCUUGAACAACGGGACAGUGGUUUUCCCAGUGUUCAACAGCAACGGAGGGUCGUCUAGCCGAGAUUUUUACCACAGGGUGACCCUCGAUUACGACGGCGUUUUGAGGUACUACGAGUACCCAAAGAGUAACGGCCAAAGUUCUAAUAAAGUUUGGAGCAGCGUAUAUUUCAAACCGCCGAAUAUUUGCACCGCGGUCACUGGAGACAUGGGAAGUGGAGCUUGCGGUUACAACAGUUACUGCGAAUUGGUGAACGAUCAAUAUCCCAAAUGCAGUUGCCCUCCGGGUUACAUUCUCAAAGACUCAUCUGAUGAGAGCAAAGGGUGUAUUCCCGAUUUCGCCCCGCAGGACUGCCGUCUUCAGGAGGGAAAUAGCGAUGCAUUUGAACUCGUGGACAUGCCCGCAGUGGAUUGGCCACUCUACGACUACGAAUCUUUCGAGUUCUACACGGAGGAUAUGUGUCGUCAGUCUUGUUUGAGUGAUUGUCAGUGUGCUCUGGUCGUCUACGGAAAGUUUUGCUGGAAGAAGAAAAGUCCUUUGUCCAAUGGAAGAGUGGGAGACGACAAGACCGAGAAAUCGUUAGUCAAAGUGAGGAGAUCUAAUUCCACCACCUCCUCGCCUCAUGUCGAGAAGAAAAGGAAAGGUUUGGUCGUCAUUAUAAUUAUCGGGUCGGUGCUUUUGGCCAGUUCAGCCUUCGUCAUCCUCCUAUCGGCCAUGUUUCUUUCCAUGAAGAAGAAGAAAAAGAAUCAAGACAGCGCCGCCAGCAGAGCUUUUCUUGACAGGCAGAAUGAUUUGUUGUCUAGAAACCUUCGGAGCUUUGCAUACUGUGAGCUAGAACUCGCAACGGAAAGGUUCAAGGAAGUGCUGGGAAGUGGUGCGUCUGGGAUUGUGUACAGAGGGGUUCUUCCGAACAAUAAUCAACGACGGCUCGUUGCGGUGAAAAGGUUGGAUAACACGGUGAGCGAGAUCAAGGACCAGGAGUUUGAAACAGAGGUGAGAGUAAUCGGCGGAACUAACCAUAAGAACCUGGUGAAGCUCGUGGGAUUCUGCAACGAAGGGUUGCACCGAGUUCUGGUCUACGAGUUCAUGAGCAAUGGGUCGUUGGCGGGUUUGUUGUUUGGAGAAGAAGGUCAGUCGAGGCCCAAUUGGUACACAAGAAUGGAGAUCGCCUGUGCGGUCGCCAGAGGACUGGUUUACCUACACGAAGAAUGCAGCACCCAGAUCAUCCACUGUGACAUCAAGCCACAAAACGUCCUGCUGGAUGAGUCAAUGAUGGCAAAGAUCUCCGAUUUCGGGAUCGCCAAACUCUUGAAGGCAAAUCAGACGCGGACCAUGACUAAGAUCAGGGGGACCAGAGGGUACGUGGCUCCGGAAUGGUUCAGAAACAUGUCCAUCACGACUAAGGUUGAUGUGUACAGCUUUGGCGUCCUACUUUUGGAGUUGGUUUGCUGCAGAAGUAAGUUGGAGACGGAAGCGGCAAAUGAAGUGGAGGUGUUUCUCGCUAAUUGGGCGUACGAAUGCUACAGCGACGGGCAACUGAGAAAGUUGGUGGAGAAUGACGACGAGGCUAUGAAUGAUGUGGAGAACGUUGAGAGGUUUGUGAAGAUCGCGUUAUGGUGCAUUCAGGACGAUCCAUGCUUGAGGCCUGCAAUGAAGAAAGUUGUUCAUAUGUUGGAAGGAUCGGUUCAUGUCCCUACUCCUCUAGAUCCUGAAUCAUUCAUCAGCAAUAUCUGAAUAUAAUAAUAUAAUAGUUUUACAGGGGGAAGCUCAUAUGAUUCAUUGGUUAAGUAGUGAGGGUUCUUCAAAGAGGUCAAUGGCUCAAAUUCCAAUCCAACCGCCGGAAUAAAUAAAAAAUAUAAUAGUUUCACAUUGCUUGUUAAAAUUGUCCACAAAAUCAUUUAUUUCUGUAACUUUAUUAAAGAGGUCAAUGUUUU